GUGCCAUUAUUAUUAUUAUUAUUAUUAUUAUUAUUGUUAUUAUUUUGGCUGAACCCAUGGCAUGUGAAAGUUCCAGGUCAGGGAUCAGACCCAUGCCACAGCAGUAACAAUGCCAGAUCCCGUAACUUGCUGAGCCACCAGGGAACUCCUAAAAUGCCCUUAUUUUUAAGAAGACAAUGAGGUUCAGAGGGAUGAGGUGACCUCUCAGAAUCAAAGAGUGAGAACCCAGGAUUUUUGUCCUGAAGCCCAGUGUCUUUUGUGAUUUGCCUUUGCCUUCCCAUCCUCUCUCGUAUAACUUGGUAGAGCAGAUAUUCUGAGGCCAGACAAGAGGCUAUGCAAACAAGGGGCAGAAUGGCCAAGUAUUUGGGAAGGGGUCUGUAGCCUCGGGUAAACUGAUCAGAGAAAGGACCUCUCCUGGCCCUCACAUUCCUCACAUUUGGCAAUGUCUCAAAGUUUCCCAGUAGCUGGUUAUAUCCUCUUGUUCUCCUUUCAGCAUCUGAUCAAAACUUUAUGAAUCUAACAUCUAAGAUCUAAGCACCCAGGAGUUCCUAGGUGCUCCUAGUCACCCAGGAGCAGAGCAGGAAAUUGGAGACUGAGGCAGGUAGGUGAGAGCUCCUUGCAACUGGCUAGUUCCAUAGCACUUGAUGACAACGGUGGCUGAGAGCACACUCCCUACUGCUCAUGAGGCCCAGAGCACCCACCCAGGCUGCUACAUUUCCUUUUUCAAGGCUGCCUCUUUAUCAUCCAGAAUUGACAGGACCUGGUUACUGUGGGGAGGAGAGAUACAGAAUGGCUUCUCAGCCAAGAAUGGGCAAUGUGACCCUUGAGAAAACAUUUGGCUUUGAAUUAUAAACUGCUUGCAAAGUACUGGCUUUAGGAAACUUAAUGCUCCCUCCAGCCACCAGAUUUCCAGGUCCUGUUCAGGAGCAGUUUUGCUUUUAGGACAGUGGGCAGACUUGAGGACCAGUGGGCCCCCUCCCUGAGCCCUGACCCCGGCAUUGUUCCAGCCUCUGCAGGAGUGUGCAAUGCAAGAUAAACAGCCAUGGACUGGGAGCUGGGAGACCUGACUUCCAGCACAGCCACUAACCAGUCCUCUCCCCAAGUGACCUUCGACUGGUUGGUUCCAUCUCUGGGCCUUAGCGUCUUCUUUUACUCAGUGAAGGAAGGGCUGAACUUGAGCUCUGAAGGAACAGAGGAGAGAGCAAAGAGGAUAAAGCAUCCUCCUUCACUGAGGGCUUGAGGCAAGGAAGCCCAUGUACACUCCUAGUUUUUUUUGUCUCCCUCAGCAUCGCUUUCUUCCUUAUACCUUGUCUCUGCCUCAGGCCAGCUCAUUCUGAGCAGGGAGUAUUCCCAGGGUGGGGCUUGACUGGGCAGAUGUACCCUUAAUGAUUAGAAUAUGAUGCUGUCUCUACUUGUUUCAGGCAUGAAUUAACCCACCCAGUGCUGAUACUUCGUUUUAUUAUGACUCUAUCAGUUCCUGCCCAGAGGCAGCUCCUUGAACAGGCAGAAUGAGGCCUGGAGGAGCAGAGAAUGAGAUUAGACAUACCCAGCAGGAGAGCGGUAGUGCAGGUGUCCCCUUGGCUUUUUGGAUAUCAGAGCCCUGGAGUUAUAAUUGUGUGAUACUUCAAAGUCUUUGGCUGUCAGAACUGAGACAACCUCAUAGAUUUUCUUAGUUCUUUCCUCUUUACAGAUAAGGAGACUGGACCUAGUGUCUUUAUAGCUUGUGUCAGAUCACCCUGCCAAUGAGCAGUGGAACUAGGACCCAACCCCAGGUCACCUAAGCCCCAGGCUUGAGCAUUUUCUUUCUUUCUUUUUUUAGGGCCACACCCGUGGCAUAUGGAGGUUCCCAGGCUAGGGGUUCAAUUGGAGCUGUAGACGCUGGCCUACACUACAGCCACAGCACUUAACCCACUGAGCGAGGCCAGGGAUCAAACCCGCAACCUUAUGGUUCCUAGUUGGAUUCGUUUCCGCUGCACCACGACAGGAACUCCUUGAGCGUUUUCUUUAAGGUCAAACCAGCUACAUACAGAUCAAUUCCAACUCUGUGGAGUUUAAAGUGUAAAAUUCAGAUCAUUUCAUUCAGAUAUUUAAUGCCUGCUAGUUGCCAGCUUUGUGUUAAAUGCUGAAUUUGCGGGAAUAAGACAACAGCCUUUGCCCUCAGAUUUCUCCACCAUCUUAUGUAGACAGAUACAUUAACUAAAUACAUUAAGUCUAUUUGCUUGUGCCGUGUGCAAAGGUAUGUGUGUGCUUGCACAUACAUGCAUGCUAUCUAACCAAAGGUGAGGGAGCAGUUAGUUGUUGGGGCUUUCAUGAAAGGCUCUGCAGAGAAAGUGCUAUAUGUGCUGUGGCUUAUCUGGUUGGCAUGGGCGGGGAAGGAAUUCUGGGUAAAGGAAACAACAUGUGCAGAGGCCUGAAAAGACGUGUUAUAAUCUUUGUACACUGAGUAGUCUGAGAGGGUGCUGAAGUGGCAGGGGCUAUGACAAGAACGACAGCCUGAAGCUGAGCUAUGAAGGGUCCUGGCAGUGUGCUGAGGAAUUCAUUGCUAGUUAGGGUCUGAAAUCAGGAGCAAGAUGUCAUCGGGUUGGGGUGUGUGACUGUCGCUGUGGCUACAGCAUGGAGAAUAAGCAGGAGAGGUCCUGGCUGGAGCCAGCCAAGCUCAGUUCUGUGGUUACUGAGACAGGCCAGGUACAAAGUAAUAGGGGCGACACUGAGACUGAAAAGAGGAUGGGUAGCAAACCCUUUUCAUAGGAUGAGCAGAACUUCCUGACUUUGGGCCAGGAGGGAGAAGGAAGAGUGGGAUACGACUUUCAGUUUCUGGCUUGAGCAGUUUGCUUGAUGCUUGUGUUAUUCACUGAGCUAGGGAAAAAGAACUCCGGAAGAGAAACUGACUUUAGUGGAGGUCAGCUUUGGUCAUGAUGCAGCAGAGAUAAACUGUAGAGCCCCCAAACGGAAGCUUUGAGUCCAGAGUGGCGGUUAGGACCUGGAAGUCAAUACCAAAGUGGUGGGCAAAGCACUGGCUGUAGGUGAAGUCACCUAGGGGAUUGGGGUAGUUGAGAGGAGACUUGAAGUGGCAGAAAAAGAAGGGAGGGCAGAGGGAGGUAAAGAAUAGAUGGCAGGUAAGAAGCAUCAGCAGUAUGGGGUAGAAGAAGGGGCAAGCAGCAGGCAGCACAACUGUUACUGAGUCCAAGCUUGUUCUUGCUCACCAUACAACAGAUCAAUAAGUUGAGAGAUGAGUUGUUGGGGCAAGGAAUAGUGACUUUAUUUGGAAAGCCAGCAGACCUAGAAUAUGGAAGACUAGUGUCCCAAAGAACCAUCUUACCUGAGUUAGAAUUCAGGCUUCUUAAAGGGGAGGAAGUUGGUUGGUUGUUGCAGACUUCUUGGUGCUGGAAUCCUUUGUUCUUGCAGCUGCCCAUCUAGGUCUGGUCACAGUGUUCCUAUAAACCUCCAACAAGACAAUUGUUAUUUUCUGUUCUGCAACUUUUUAAAUGUUAGAGCCUUGAGAAUGGGUUAUCGUGUAUUUCAAGCUAUAGGCAACAUUCUUUUAUAAAGGUGCAGCGCCAGCAGGACUAAGCAUAGGCAACAGAGCACAAGGGUUAGAGCUGAAGGAAUAGAUCCAAUAUGGUGUUGGGUUUGUUCUUCUGCUACAAAAGCUGCCAUUGAGAAAGGGACAUCUUCCUUUGAUUUCAGUUACUGUGACCCAUGGGCUGUAUGAAGAGCUGCAUCAAGGGCUUCGCUUCAUUAGUCUGCACUGGAAAGCAGAGAGGGAGUCUGUUGGCACUUGAUAAAUGUUAUAAUCUGCAUGACUGCAAAUGACUCAACAUUUGCUCAGCUUUUUGAAGGGCUAGGGGGUCUUGGCAGCUGUCCAUAUUGAUGUUUUCUGGAGAUUGACUAUUGGCAGUUGAAGGAGCCCCAGGGUUUCUGGGUGGCCUGGUCCUGCCUAUGGAGUGAGCGGGCUUGGGCCAUAGGCGGGACUCCAGAGCCCCGCCCUCCCCUGCUGCCUGCUCCCCGCCUGCUCCCAGUGGGUCAGCCUCCUUGUCGGCCAAGGCCAGGGUGUGCAUGCAGCAGCAGCAGCGGAUGGAUCCAAGUUUUGUCACCAUGGGAAUGUGGUCCAUUGGUGCGGGAGCUAUAGGGGCUGCUGCCUUGGCACUGCUUCUGGCCAACACCGACAUAUUUCUGCCCAAGCCCCAGAGAGCAACGCUGGAUUAUCUGGAGGAUAUAGACCUGAAAACACUGGAGAAGGAGCCAAAGACUUUCAAAGCAAAGGCGCUCUGGGAAAAGACUGGAGCUGUGAUUAUGGCUGUGCGGAGGCCAGGCUGUUUCCUCUGUCGAGAGGAGGCUGCGGACCUGUCUUCCCUGAAGCCCAGGUUGGAUGAGCUGGGCGUCCCCCUCUAUGCAGUGGUCAAGGAGCAGGUGAAGAAUGAAGUGAAGGACUUCCAGCCUUAUUUCAAAGGAGAAAUCUUCCUGGAUGAAGAGAAAAAGUUCUAUGGUCCCCAAAGGCGGAAGAUGAUGUUUAUGGGGUUUGUCCGUCUGGGUGUCUGGUACAACUUCUUCCGGGCCCGGAGUGGAGGCUUUUCUGGAAACCUGGAAGGCGAAGGCUUCGUCCUUGGGGGAGUUUUUGUGGUGGGACCAGGAAAGCAGGGCAUUCUUCUUGAGCACCGAGAAAAAGAAUUUGGAGACAAAGUAAAUCCAGUUUCUGUUCUGGAAGCUGUCAGGAAGAUCAAACCACACACUUCAGCCUCAGAGAAAAAAUGAUCGUGUGCAACUACCCAGCUCAGGGAUAACUAGUGAUCUCACCUGUGUUCACAGGAUGUGUUGUUUCCACUUCUGUCCCUAAGGCGUUAGAAACCCACUUAAGCCAUAUUCUCCAUAUAGACCAUUAACAUAUCUUAAUAUUGUUCUGUUUAGGCCUAAUAAAACAAAAUAGCCCCCAAACAAGACUGUUAAAAAUCUUAAGAAACUAGUGAGGAUUAUUUCAGGUAAAACCUGGAAAAUCUGAGGCUUAAAGUUGACGGCUAUACCUGAUGACAAACAUAUGUGGUGUUUGAGUGCUUUUAUUUGAGAUUAUUUUUAUUUCCCUGUCUUUAAAAAUCUAAUAAAUUUGAUAAUUGACUUGAAGAUUAAGGAUAUAAGAUUUUUGGCUUGUGUUUUCAACGAAUGAUUUAUUAUAUAAUGUUAAAGUAAUCAUAUAAAAGAAUUGAUGUGCUUUGGAUGGCUUGAUAAAGGUAAAUUAUGAAGUGCAAUCUUUUAUUUUUCAUUGCCUUCCAUUCUAAUCUUGGAGAUUUGUUUUUUUUCUAGAAGAAAUGAUCAUCUCUGGCUUUAAUAAAAUUAUGUAUCAGAAAUUUCCCACAUAUACAAGUUUUUCUGUUAAGAGUAACAAUAAAAAAUAUUUACCAUAA